CUCAUCAGAAGUCAGUUUGGCAACUCUAUCGGCAAACACAAGACGUUAUUACAUGUACACUUUGUCACUUCACUUUUAUCUGCUCCCAACAUACAAAGCUUCAUAAAAACAAAACAAAACGAAAAAUAAUAAGAACAAUAACUGCAGCAAAUCCUUCAUUCACAAAAUACACCAGAGUACUUACUUACUGCUACUACUACUUCUACAACUACUUCUACAGGUGAUGGUAUUAUAAAGAGAAUCAGUGAAUAGAAUUGAAAAGUAAUUUAUAAUUUAGGAAUUGUUACAAUUACUGUUGUUGUUGUUAUUGCUGUUGUUGAGUUUAUAGUUGUUGCUUGUUGCUUCUAAAUAAUUUUAAUAAUUUUUGUUAUUGUUAUAUUUAUUUUUAUUCGAAAGGAAAAUUGUUAUUGUUGCUGUUCUUAUUACUUAGUUUUGUCCUCUUUUUUUAUUAUAUUUUUAAAAUGUUAUUGUGUCUUGGAAUGAAAAAAACCAUAGAACUAAAUCUAAAUUUGAUAUUCAAUCUUUAACUAAGAGAGACAGAGGAAUAGAGAGGGGAAAACAGAAAUAGAGGCAGAAAGAGAAAAAAAAACAAGAAAGAAGAAAGAAAGUGAAAAUUUAGAGUGUGGGAUUGAUUAUAAUAAGAGAGAAAUUCUGAAAUUCUUUGGCUUAAUUCCUAAACCAUCGGGAAAUACCAGGAAGGAAAAAAAUAUUAAAUAUAGGACCAAAGUCAAGACGAGAGUGGCAGUAGCAGCAACAGGAACAUAAAUAACAAGAACAACAACAACAACAACAACAACCACUAGAUUUUGCUCUUUGCUAAAAAAAAAAAAGAUAAGAAAAAAUAUCCACGAAACAUUGGCUGUCUUGGGAUUCUCUACCAAAAACACUAACACCAACACCUGCUGAUUCUGUUAUUAUUUAUUAGUUUUAUUAUUAUUAUUAAUAUCCGCAUCAUCAGUAGCAGCAUCAGCAUCUUCGUUAUUAUUAUUAUUGCCUAUAUUUAGUCGUCCUGCAGUUGCUUUAUAAUAUUUCUCACUUUGGGAGACAAGUUACAACUGCAACAAAAACAACAGCUGCAAACGGCAACAGCAGCAGCAGCAAAAACAAACCACAACAACGAUUACAACAGCCCGAAACAGUUCAUACAUGCGAGCACUAAUAACAUAAUUUAUAAUAAUACUAAUGGUAACUAUAACAAUUAAAUAAUAUUUUAUAAAUAGAUAUAUAAAAACGAGGGAAGUUCCUGAAAAAUAGUGCUGAGCGAAGCAAAGUUCUUAGGAUUAUGGCUGAGAAAAGGGAAAUUCUUCUGCAUUUAACACGAAUAAUCUGUGCACUUUUCUGCUUCCAUGUGGCAACGUUAAGGAAUUUGGCCACUGGUUAUCGUUCCGGAGAUGUGAGAUUAUCCGGUGGCAAUGAUAAAUAUGAAGGCUCAGUGCUGGUUUACUCUCGUGGACACUGGAAAACUGUGUGCGGUUUGGAAUGGAAUAUUUACGAUGCCACCGUUCUAUGCCGACAACUCGGUUUCAGAGGUUUACGUCGGCAUUUACGCCAUAGUAAAUUUGGAGAAGGCAGUAUCUAUAAACUGAAAGUCGAAUUCAGAUGCCGUGGAAACGAGAAUACGCUGUUAAAAUGUCCGAGAAGAAUUCGUCGCAACCCUUUAAUGAAAUUGUCUUGUGGAGCGCGCCACGUUUCAGCUGGUGUGGUAUGUAAAAAACCACGAGUGGUGAGAACUACGACCAAAGCCACAACAACAACUCCGAUACCAACAACGACCCCACCUAGAAUAACUGUGUGGACAACAAAAUCAAGCACUAUCGAUAGCUACAAAAGUCGUUUCAAUUCGAAUAAAAACGUUACUACUAUCUUGCACGCACUUGCUGCCAAUAGGAGCGAGCCAGAAAUUCGCCUGAAAGAAGAAAAUAAUCUGAAAGAUGAUCGCAACGUGUUAAAAGAUGAACGCAAACACAUCGCUGGUAAUACAGGAAGCUCAACAUCAGAGAACAGUGAAUUUACGAAAAAGAAAAAAGGAGGAGAAGAGGAGGAAAAAGAUGAAAAAAGUGAAGAAAAUACUAAGGAAAAUACAAGUGAAAACAGUGAAAAGGAGGUCACUGAAGAAACAGAAGAAACAAAAGUAGAUCUACUGAAGAAAAUUGCCAAAAAUAAAGUAACAGAAGAAAAACCAGACGAUAUUAAAGAAAGUGCGGUUGACCAAUCGAAGGAUCACCAAGAGAAAGAGAAAUUUAAAGUAACGCUGGAUGGAGGUCGAUUUAAAAAGGAAGGGCGAGUUGCUAUACUCUUGCCCGGAGCUAAGAAGUAUGGAGUGAUCUGUGGUGACCACUGGAGUUAUUUUGAAGCUUCUGUGGUCUGUCGGCAGUUAGGAUUUGGUUUGGUGAAGCAAAUUUUCCAGGUAAAUUACUAUGGUGGAAGUGAACUUGAUAAACUCUUUGCCCGCAUCCGUUGCCACGGAAACGAAAGUCAUCUAGCAGACUGUCAGACGUUUGAGUAUUACAAUCAAGUGAAAUGUAGCACUAAGGAGUCUGUGGCAUCUCUCAUUUGCACAGACGAGCUUCCUGACUUAGUACCAGACGCUGAAGCACUUCGAUUAUCAAUGCGGCUUGAGGACAAGCCCCUUUACUAUUUACAAUGUGCUAUGGAAGAGAAUUGUCUUGCAUCAGAAGCUUAUGAAGUUAAGGAACAUUCCAGAGAUUGGGUUGCAGCCACACGACGAUUGCUUCGUUUCAGCAGUAUUGUACAUAACAGAGGCAUUGCAGACUUUAUCCCGAACACACCAAAAGAUUCUUGGGAAUGGCAUGAAUGUCAUAUGCAUUACCAUAGUAUGGAGGUCUUCGCUCAUUAUGACAUAAUGGAUUUAAAGGGAAAUCGUGUAGCUCAAGGUCACAAGGCCAGUUUCUGCUUAGAAGACACUCGAUGUCCAUCUGGAAUCACACCAAAAUAUAACUGUAUUGGUUAUGGUGAUCAAGGUCUUUCAGUGAACUGUUCAGACAACUAUUACCACGACAUAGACUGUCAAUGGAUUGACAUCACAGAUAUGAAAUUUGGAAGUUACAUUCUCAAGGUUGAAUUCAACCCAAAUAUGCACGUCAGUGAGAUGACAUUUGACAACAAUGUCGUUCAGUGCCAGCUUUAUUAUUCAGGGACAUACGCACAGGCUUAUAAUUGCGAAAUAAUUCCACUUUUGCGCAGAGAUUAACAAAGGAUCUCCCUCCCACUACGUAGAAUAAAAACAAUUUACAUGCUACCCGGUUGAAACCCGAAAUUCUGACAUCAAAAUAUUGCUAAAGGAUGUGAAAAAAGUGAAAGAAAACAAAACAACAACUACAGCAGCAGCAGCAAUGAGAAAAGUAAUUUCUUCUGAUAAAAACUAUACAAUUCGAAAAUAGAGAUGGUUCAGCCAAAGAAGAUAUAGGGGAGACAACCCUGUGAUACUAUUUUGGCACUUGUCUAAAUCAAUUGCUUCCUUAAGAUGACAGUGUUUCUAUUUAUUUUAUAAUUUUUUAAAACUUUCUGUUCUUCAUUUAUAAUUGUUGCAUAUUUCUAUUUUUAAUAGUUAUUUUAUACAUGAGGCUAGUAUUGUUUUAUUAUACAUACAUGUACAUUAUUUGGAUACAUGCACACACACACACACACACAUACAUACAUACAUACAUACAUGCAUGCAUAUAUACGUAUAUAAAGCUAUUUACAUGAACAAAAUCAGUAAGUUCUAAAUACAUAUUGUAGAGCGAAAUGUUUUUAAAGAUAUAUUCUGUUAGUGGUAAUGCAUUGUGACUUGAGAUUUCCUAUCAAACGGUAGCCUUUAUUUGAAUAUCAGCGAUCAGAGAUGAAUUGCUAUAGUUUCUUCACAGCUUCCGGUACUGCAUUAUUGGUUUCAGGAUAUGAUUAUGAUAGGAAGAGUUGUACUAACAUACCAAUAUUUAUUGUUUGGGCAGGGCGGCGUGCUGGCAGAACUGUUACCGCGCCGGGAGACAUGCUUAGCGGCAUUUCGUCUGUCUUUACUUCUGAGUUCAAAUUCCGCCGAGGUCGACUUUGCUUUUCAUCCUUUGGGAGUCGAUAAAAUAUAUACCAGUCGAGUUCCUGGGUUGAUAUAACCGACUUACCCUUCCUCGAAACGGUUAACCUUUUGCCAAAAUUUGAAGCCUAUAUUUAUUCUUUGGAUGAGUUAUUUCCCUUUGAUUGGUUAAACCCCCCCCCCCCCACUUAUCUUUCGAGUUGAACUUAUAAAGAAUAAAAGGUUACAGGGUCGUUAAAUAACUGCAACAUGAUAAAAGUAGGAAAAGUUAAUUAGUUAAAGUUUUAAAAGUUUCAUUGGGUGCAUUGUUAUAUGGCAAACUGAGCUAUUGAUAGGAUAGAAACUAUAGGAGUAGGGAGUGAAAUGGGUGGAGUAUGAUUACUGUUGUUAAAUAAUUGAGUAUUGAUCACUCCAGUUUGCCAGUGUUUCAGUUGAUAGCUAUCGAAGUAGCGGCAUUUAGGGAAAAAUCACUGAUCUGACCUUUAUAUAGUCUCUGAAUUUAUUAAGAAUCUUGUAUAGGAUAAUUUUCUGCUAUACAUAAGCCGUAAGCAUUUGUACUGUAUUUGUAUGGACAGUCUUACCAGAGGAGAUUCUACUUGAGAUCGAAUGUAGUAAUAGGUUCUUUCAGAUACCACACGUAAUUUAAGAGUUUGUUAUAUUCCUGAAGAAAUUAAGUAUGUUUGCAUCAUUAUUCAAAUGUACUGUCUACCGUAACCUUCAGUGUCUUCACGUGAUGCUUAGAUUGUGCUUGGUAGAGGUAACUUUUGGCAGUACAUGACUGAUUAAGGGGGCAUGAAUGCUUAAGCAAUUAGCUUCGGUUGCUUCAGUUAGCCUUUUUAAGUUUUUUUGUUUUUUUUUUUAUAACUCAGUUUAAGAUUAUUUCUACAGAAUAUUUUCUAUAUCAGAGGCUAAUAAAGAAAUGCAUAAACAUUAAGGUUAGAAAGCUUUUAAUAAUAUUGGACUUGAUAUUUCAGAAGGAAGGUGUGAGCUAGAUGAUAUUACAGUGCCUUUUCUUACAAAUGAUAGUUGGUGAGUUAGAUGUACAUCUUAUAGUAUCUUUGAAACUGCUAGUUUCUACUAUUUAUUUUUCAUGGAGAUUUCUUUACUUGAUGACAGGUUAGAGCAGUGGUUCUCAAUCAGGGUCCAUAUAAGAUUUUGGGUGUUCCACACAAUAAAAUAAUAAACUGAGGAUCCACAAUAGUAUUUUAAGGGCCCCUGGAAAGAUAUUGCUUUAAAUGUAUGUAAUAUUACAGAAAACAGCUAGAUUUCUUUUUCUAACAUUUUACAUAAUUCAAAGUCCACCAAGUGUGAAAAACAAAAUAGAAAUUUUAGAUGAAGUUUCAAUAAAAAUAGUAAUCAAAGGGAUCUAUAUGUAAAAUAUGGUUGAGAACCCCUGAGUUUCUUCUAUUGAUAAAUAUUAAUCUGAGUUUCUUUUUAAAAUUGUAGGGUAUAAAAAGUUUCUAUAUUAAUGUAUGUGAGUUUAUCUUUAAGUUUGCUAGAUAGUUUGUACUUAUUUACAGUUAAUUUGCUGAGGACAACAUCUAAGAAAUUCACACUACUUAGAUUUGAUGAACAAAUGUAACUACUCACUCAUCUAAUCUUGGCUAUUGGAUGAUUGAUAAAUCUGCAUUUAGGAUGCAGGGCUGGAUCUCAUUAUGAUCCCGGUAUGCAACAUAAGUUUUGUAUUUAGCUAAAUCUUCUUAACUAAUAUCCAAGUUUAUAAGUUAUAUUUUUGCAUCAGUAUUUGUACCAUUAUAAGUGUGUACACUAGUCGUUUGUAACUCACAUCCAAAAUAUAGAUAUUAGUAAGUAAUGAAUUCUCGUUCUCAAGCAUUUUCAAACCCAUAAUGCAAUACCAAAAACUCUGUAAAGAAUAAAUAACACUUUAUAUAUAUAUAUAUAUACAUGGAUAAUGUUUCAGCAAGAUGUCUUUACAUUAUCUGAGUAUUAAUUGUAUCUCAUGAAUAUGAGACACCAAGCUACAAUCUAUUAUCACUAAUGAUGUAUAACUUUAUUAAGGUGUAAUUUCUACAGAAAUAUAUGCAUGCAACCAUGUGUGUGUUUCGUGUGUAUACAUAUCAUAUGAAAAACAUGUAUAUUAUAUAUACAUAUGUACAUGUGUAUAUGUAUAUGCACACACAUAUACACAUGUAUAUACAUAUGUGUGCGUGUGUAUGAAUGCAUAUAUGCAUAUGUGUGUGCAUGCAUGUGUAUAUAUGUAUAUAUAUAUAUAUAUAUAUAUCCAUAUAUUCUCAAAAUGUAUCACGUUAACUCGGUAUAUCAACCUGCAAAUCGACUGGGAUAUCUUGUUUUUUAGUGUUAUUUUGCUACCCAUGGUAACUAUUAACGUAUUCAAAUUAUCGAAAGUUUCAAUAACUGAGAUAAUAUUAAUACACAUAAAAUAAUAUACAAUAUAUAUAUAUAUAUGUGUGUGUGUGUGUGUGUGUGUGUGUGUGUGUGUGUGUGUGUGUGCAUGUGUGUGGUGGGGUAUGUACAUGUGUAUACAUAUAUAUAUGUGUGUGUGUAUACAUAUGUAUGUAUGCAUGUAUAAAUGGACGUAUAGUGGAACAUAGUUUUAUCCUCAUGUGCUAUACAAUGCAGAAAAAUACUUAUGCAAUGCUUUAGGUAGAGUGGAAUAAAAGUUAUUUAUUCAAAAAUGUAGCAGUGAGAGUUGUUACUCAGAGUUUCAAAUAUCAGGAAUAAGAAACUUUGAUUAGCAUGACACAAAUACACAGAUUGAAUAAAUUCUACACGUGUGUGUGUGCGUGUAUCUGUGUGUGUGUGUGUGUGUGUACAUAUAUGUAUAUGAAUAUAUAUAUAUAAUUAUAUCGCAAAAGAAGCACACUAAGUUAUAGAGCAGUAAAGGAUUUGGAGAAAGAUAGUUAUGAAUGUAUAUAUAUGUGUGUAUAUGUAUAUAUAUGUGUGUGCAUGUGAGUGUGUGUAUGUGUAUGUAUGCAUGUAUCUAUAUAUACAUGCAUGUGUCUAUAUAUACAUGCAUAUAUAUAUAUAUAUAUAUAUAUAUAUAUAUAUAUAUAUGUAUGCAUGUAUGUAUAUAUACAUGCACAUGCACACACACACACAAGCACAAGUACACAUGUGCACGUGCACACACACAUGCACAUACAGAGUUGUUUCACAGAUCAGAUCUCGUUUGCUCUUACAUUGAAGUCAUCAUUGCCCCACAUUUAUAUAUACUAUAUAGGUAUAUAUGUAUAUAUAUAUAUGUGUGUGUGUAGACACUUUUAUAUCUAUAUAUAUAUAUAUAUAUACAUAGGUACAUACAUAUACAUAUAUAUACAUAUAUAUAAAAGUGUGUCUACAUA